AUGACCGCACUAGUCAAGACCACCUACGGUAUCUUCUUUCUGCCUACUCCUCACAAAGCUCUCUUGGUUGAAGACAUUGCGAGCAUUCUCAACAAGCUUGACCCGAAUCACCCGCGAUUGGACCUUGUCGAGCAAUUGAGAUGCAACUCCCCGGCCCUGGAAGGUCAGCUUACGGAUUUCAAGAACGUCUACCACACAUACGAAUACAAAAUUGUCAGCUUCUUCGAGACUCAACAAACGCGGGUAUUAAAAUGGGACGAAACGUCCCAAAGCGACAAAAGGACUGGCGAUUUCAUGUUGUCUGUCAAAAGGGACUCUGCUCUGCUACAGUUGCCCGACAUAAUGGAGCCAAAGGUUCCAGUCGACGCCGAUCACUCGGACAAAGCUAAGUUCGGCACAAAAUACGACAGCCCUGCGUUACUUGCAGAAGUUUAA